AAGUCUGAGAUCUGAUAAAGAGCCACUGCUAGGCAAGAGCUGAAGAGCUGAGAGGGAUUCUCUCGUCUGCACACCAAGCCUAGACGGAAAAGCCAGCAGGCAUAAUGGGCAGGCAGAAGGAGGUUUUGAGUGCUGUCAGCCACCGGCUGAGUAUCAGGAAUAAACUCCUCCGGCAGGCUCUGGCUGAAUGCCUUGGGACUUUGGUGCUGGUGUUGUUCGGCUGUGGCUCAGUGGCUCAGAUUGUGCUCAGCAGACAGACCCACGGGACGUUCCUGACAGUCAAUUUGGCUUUCGGCUUUGCUGUCACACUGGGAAUUCUGAUCGCCGGACAGAUCUCCGGUGGCCACUUGAAUCCAGCCGUCACCUUUGCAAUGUGCUUUAUGGCUCGGGAACCUUGGAUAAAAUUGCCAGUAUAUGCUAUAGCACAAACCCUCGGAGCAUUCUUGGGAGCUGGCAUUGUUUUCGGCUUGUACUAUGAUGCCAUCUGGGCCUUUGGUGGGAACCAGCUGUUCGUCACAGGUGACAAUGGCACAGCCGGGAUUUUUGCCACUUACCCAUCAAAUCACUUGAACUCCGUGAAUGGAUUUUUUGACCAGUUUAUUGGCACAGCAGCCCUGCUUGUUUGUGUCUUGGCAAUUGUGGACCCUCACAACAAUGCAGUUCCCAAAGGUUUGGAGGCAUUCACUGUCGGCUUUGUCAUCUUGGUGAUUGGAACUUCUAUGGGCUUCAACUCUGGAUAUGCUGUCAACCCAGCCCGAGACUUUGGGCCUCGUCUUUUCACAGCCAUCGCUGGUUGGGGCUCGGAAGUUUUCACGAGUGGCCGGCAGUGGUGGUGGGUGCCCAUCAUCGCUCCUUUCCUCGGCUCCAUUGCUGGUGUAGGAGUCUAUCAGUUGAUGAUUGGCUGCCACGAUGAGCCACCUCUCGAAGUGCACGACGAGGAAUCCGUCAAGCUAUCCAACGUGAAGCAGCGGGACAACGUUUGAAGCGGCCCCGGAAAGCGACUGUUUCUCUGUGUGCAGAUGGACUGUUUUUUUGAAAAAAGAACUCUAUUAAUAGGACUGCAAUAACCAAAGAAAAGCAAGAGGAAAACAACCCACAAGGAAUCCCAUCUCUGACUUUUCCCCUUCUCCCUUCCUAGUUUCUUCAAAUGUCCCUGAGGAAUUUGUUUUAGAAAGUUGCUUACAAGCCCAACCGUGCCACGUUGUGCCUGCAGCGGGUACCAGUGUUGCAAAGGGGUUAGCACAUAGGACUGUGCCUUAAUCCAAAGCCAUUGUUUGGCUUUAACCUCUUUAAUGGCCAUUUUCCUUCUAUGGCAGGAUGUAGGCUCAAACAAUUUAGAUUUUCCUUUGUAAAUAGAUCUGGGGCCACCGGGCAAGUUAAGGAGAGAAUGAGUAGCCACGCUGCCUGUUACUUUGUGGGCCAAAUCCACUCCUAGAGUCACUUGAGUCUCAUCUCCCUCAGGACUGAGUUUGUUCCAGUAAUAUUUGAAUGGAUGUGAUGAAUUGUAGCCCACCAUAGUCCAUCUUUCCCUCAGAAUAAGCUACCACGAGGGAAAGAAUUCAAUGACAGACGAUUCAGGGGAGAUUUCAGGAUUUGUAGGAAUGACUGUUGCAAAAAAUAUUGAAGAACUUCGUUCAGGAUCAAGUGGCAAUUUGGGGUGUGUUUCAGGCCUACGACAGUAUCAACUUUUGUAAAUAUAAAGGAGGAAUAUAUAUCUGUAUACGUAUACUAUGUGCUGUUACAUGCUGUCACAGCAUUUCGCUUUUGAUUACCUUGUGCAUAUGUGAGGGAAAGCGUAUGUGUGUUUCAUCCUUGCUUUGGUCUUGGCUUGUUUUUUUAAAAAUAUGCAUAUUGUAGACCACUGAUUUGUUACUUCUAAGUUGCAUUCGUGCCAGCUGGGCCACAAUCUUACAGAAUUAAAAGUGUUGGAAACCAACAAACUUCAACGCUUUUAUUUUUGCAUUGGAUUGCGGCCUGGUGCUUUAACGGAAAAGUUUGCUUUUCGUCACCCUAAGCGUUAAUUUGGGUAAUACAGCAGCUAUUGUACAAACAUACAACAGAAAAUCUUCCUUUGGAGGAAUCAGCAUCCCAGGAUGGUUGGUGCAUGGAAGGCAGUAUAACCCCCCCACCCCAGGAAUGGUAAAACAGAUGAUUGUGUGUCGUCUUCAAAAGGGUUCCUGUUGGGUUCCGUUGCAUUUGGACUCUCAUUUUGGAUCUGUAGUUGGACCCCACAUAUUAUACAACAAAGAUUGUUAAAGUUGUUUUUACUGUUACCUUGACUAUUUCAUGAUAUCCCUCAGCUCGGGUGCACCCCCAGAAAAUAUCAAGAGUGUGGAAGAAGAACUACAUGCUGAAAUGUAGCUGGUGGAUACUGAAGGAGUCCCACGGCUACACAGUUGAUCAGCUGUGGUUUCAAAGUAGGGCCACGUCUCGCUGGUGGGAAAUCUUACCAAGGGAUUAUGAACCUGCCUUUUGCUAAAGAUCAGCAGUGCGUCGAGCUGGGUUUCAUCUCAUCUAGCAGGCAGUGGCUUUCCAGGGUCUCAGGAAGGGAAAGUGGUUUGCACUUGUUCCUGGAGAAGUUUUAAAAUUGGGAUACCUCAAAUUGUCAAGUUUUCAGGCAGCCCAUCUGUUUCUGGUGCCACCCAAACCACUUGACCACAGGGUCACUAUGUGCAAGUCUGCUUGGCACUUCCGUUGUGGUUCACGGGGACUGAUCCCAGCAAUUCCACCCCCUUCAAACUUCAUGUUAAUCAAAUCAUCCUCUGAGAUGAAUUAAUAUGUACAGUUAGGAUGGGAGAGGGUUUUUCUGCCCCUACAAUCAAAAUCCUCGUAUGUAUGAAUUUUCUAAAGACGUAUGACACCCACAUUCCAUGUAGAUCCUACGACAUUUGUAAUAUGUUUUAAUUUUUUUAAAUAAAUAAAUAAACACCA